CAUUCAAGAGGGAUAUGAUGCGAUUGACUAGCCAACUUUGUUCCAAGAGUUGCUUCUUAAGCAACUUGACUACAACGGUUGUUACUACAAGUUUCAGAUGGCUCAGAAAUACUGGAAUUUGUGAUAACCCGUCGUUAGGAACAAAGGUCCUCCUUUCCACCACAUCGCUGAGAUGUGACGACUUUACUCGGAAAUCCAGGUACUCCCCUUCACCUUACAUGAAGACAAACAGAGAUGAACAAGCACAAAAAACACUACACAAGUUUCAAGGAGUGGUGGAAAGAAUCUUUUAUCGACAACGAGAAACUGGCUUUUCCGUUGCUGAAGUACGGAUAAUAGCGUCAUCCACCGAUAUUCCGGAAAGCGUGAUCCAGGUGGUAGGAACACUUGGAAAUGUGCAAGAAGGAGAUGAAUUCAGAGGUUCUGGGUUUAUUACUAUUCACCCGAAAUAUGGUAAACAGUUGAGACUUGUCGGAAAUAACCAAAGCGACACGAAAGAGCAAACAACAACGAGACAGUCGAGUCCGGAAAGACAUCACAUAAUUGUCGAAAAAGUUGUGUUCACAGCUCCCGACGAUUCAGGGUUUGCAGUAGGUCAAGCAAGGCUUCUUGAUAAUAACGAAGACGAUUUAUCUUUCGAACAACAGAGUGAAACUGAAAGAGUUACAGUUGUCGGGAAACUGGGUAGAAUUGAAGAAGGCUUGCAUUUAGCAGUUGAAGGUAUUUGGGUAAACCAUAGCAAGUAUGGGAAGCAGUUUCAGGUUCAAGUUGCUCAAACGGAACCUUUCAGUGAUGUCCAAUAUUAAUGUCCCAAAAAUAAAUUUUUAGCUAGAGAUAAGCUGCAUUGCUUGCAAAAAAUGGAAAACUUUCAUAAAUUGCUAUGGAUGAGG